CAUUAAACCAUAUGUAUACCAAUUUCAAUGUUCAUUGAAUAUUCAAACAAAAGUGAUGAAGUUUAUAUAAAAGGGGAAUUACAAAAUGAAUUUGAUAUUUCUCCAAUUUUACAGAAAAGGUCUUGCAAUUCACAUAAAAAUUUAAUUAGAAUAGACAAUUAAAAUUAAAACUUAGAAGAUUAUGAAGUGUUAGAUAUACAUAAUUUUGAUGAUUAAAUAUACUAAGUAUUUGUUGAACAAUGGACAGAUAAAAACAAAUCUAUGUAAGUAAUAAAUAAUAGAAAAUAGAACUACAAGAUAAUAUACAGAUGAUAAUUCUACAUUAUUAAGUAAUUAAACUAUGAAAUAUUUUUUAUAUUAAACUUGCACAGAAUAUAGUAUUUAAAAUCCAAAAGAUGCAUGGGAUUUUAUUUAUGUUAAGGUAAUUUUUAAGGAUGAAAAAAAUAAUAAUCAUACAUUUCCAUUUUAAUUUACUUACUCAUGCAAUCAAAACUAUAAUUUUAUAACUUUUGAUUGGAGUUUGAUUAUACUAAUAUCAAUAAGCAUCAUAUUAAUGGCAUUAUUGACAAGAUUUUCUAGGAUUAUGUCAUUUAAUCUUAAAGGACAAAGUGGAAGAUUCUAAGGGUUUAAGAUUGAUACUAAAAUUACCUGCUUUUAUUUUGUUUUGUAUUGUAUUGGAUUUUUUUUAUUUUUGAAUUCAAACUAUGUAGUAACACUAGGAUUUGUUGUAAAGAUAUCUACUUAUGUAAUGGGAUUUUCAUGUUCAUUAUUUAUAAUUGAUGAAGUAUUAAUUAAUAAAAUAAUAGACUUUAUGUUUAUCUCCAGAUGGAUCAAUUUGGAAAAGAAAGAUAUUUUAUAAAAUAAGAGUAUGUGAAGUACUUUCAUUUAUGCUUGCAUCUGCAUUUAUGACAUUAUAUUUAUUUACUUCUGCAUGGUAUUUGAGUGAUUUAAUAUCAAUAUUUAUAAUGUCGACAAUAGCAAAACUAUUUAAAUUUAAGAAUCUUAAGAGUGCUUUUAUAUUUUUAUUAUUAUGUAUAUUAUUGGAUAGUACAGCAGCAAGUAUUAUCUAUUUUACAACGAAACAAUCAUAUAAUUCAUUAACUUUAAAAAUAUUGAAUUGUCCAAUUGAGUUAUAAUUACCAUUACUUGAAUUAUAAUAUGAUAGAAGUUGUGCAUGGAUUUCUUUAUUUAGUAUAGCAAUUCCUGGAUUGUAUAUGGGAUUUACAUAUAGAUUUGAUAAAAAUAAAAGAACAUUUUCAUAUACAGUAUUUACAGGUAUGAGUUUAUUAAUUGGAUAUAUUAUUUGGAUAACAACAACUAUUAUUUAAACAUAUUCUAUUCCAUCUAGUGUAUUUAUUUAUCCAUCAAUUUUGAUUUGUACAAUUUUGGUAGCAUUGAAAAGAAAUGAAAUUCAAUCAAUUUGGGAUGCAGAAUUCUUUGAUGAAUUUUUGGAGAAAACAUAUAGAUUAUCUAAUAUCUAAGGAUAAUAAGAUGCUAUUCACAAUAUUAAUUUAUUAGAAGGAUUAGAUCAAUGUCCAGAUGAACAACAAACGUAAAGUAGAAUAUUGAAAUGA